CACUUCAUUACAUUUUCAUUUGAUUUUUAUUAUGGCUAAAAAUAAUUUGAAAAUAUUAGGAGCAUGGCCUAGUCCAUAUGUUAUGAGGCCUCGUAUUGCUCUUAACAUCAAAUGUUUAGCCUAUGAUUUCUUAGAAGAACAAUUUGGUACAAAAAGUGAACUUUUACUUAAAUCAAAUCCAAUUUACAAAAAAAUUCCAGUUCUAAUUCAUGAUGGAAAACCUAUUUGUGAAUCUUUAAUUAUUGUUCAAUAUAUCGAUGAAAAUUGGACUAAUUUUGGUCACUCUAUUCUUCCUUCUCAUCCUUAUGAUCGUGCCAUUGCAAGAUUUUGGGCAUUUUAUAUUGAUGAUAAGUGGUUUCCAGCACUGUGUGGUGUGGCAGCAGCACAAGACGAGGACGCGAAAAAGGCAGCAAUGGAGACUGUGAUUGAAGGCCUAGUGUUGUUAGAAGAUGUCUUCAAGAUUAACAGCAAAGGCAAGAAGUUCUUUGGUGGAGACAAAAUCGGAUACUUGGACAUUGCACUUGGUUGUUUCUUGGGUUGGUUAAAGGUUAACGAGAAGUUGAACAACGUAAAUCUCCUUGAUGAAUCCAGAACUCCGAGUUUAUACCAAUGGGCUAAAGAUUUUUGUGUUGAUAGCGUUGUCAAAGAUGUCAUGCCUGAAACUGAUCAGCUUGUUCAGGCUGCAAAGAUCAUUUGGGCAAAAAUUUAGAGCUAAAUCCGUAUGUUCUUCUUUUGAUCGUGAUGUUUUAGAGUAUGGUCUUGAUAAAAACGGGUACUAAAGAGUUGCUUGUCGUUGUGUAAUAAGAUAUUCAGCAAAGAUCUACUUAGUUACUACUCUUUCCGUUCCAGAAAGAAUGACACAAUUCUAUAUUUCCUUA